UGUUUUUUCCCGGUUGCACGCGGAUGUCGUUCACUCUGACGACACAACACGGAAAAUGUGACGUUGCGCUGUGCUAAAUGAAUGAACGGAAACAUAUUCUUAAGGAUUGAGUCUGAGUCUUUACAAAACUUCAUACGGAUCGUAAACUGAUUUACAAAGUUUGCCAAUUUUACAAUGGCCGGUUCAAGCUUGGACCCGACAACACUGUGCCUGUUUGAUGUGGACGGGACUUUAACAGCAGCUCGCCAGAAAGCAACUCCAGACAUGCAUCAGUUCUUGAGUGAACUGAGACGGCGAGUGAGAGUCGGGGUGGUCGGAGGAUCAGACUUGGACAAAAUUAAAGAGCAGUUGGGUGAUGAUGUGAUGGAUAGAGUGGAUUAUGUAUUUGCUGAGAACGGUUUGGUAGCAUACAGAUUUGGGCAACUGCACUCUGUACAGAAUAUUCAGGCAUACAUGGGAGAGGAGGUUUUACAGGAUUUCAUCAAUUUCUGCCUCAAUUACCUUUCAAAGAUAAAACUGCCCAAAAAAAGAGGCACAUUUAUUGAAUUCCGUAAUGGAAUGCUGAAUGUCUCUCCAAUUGGUCGAAGCUGCAGCCAAGAGGAAAGAAUAGAAUUUUUUGAACUUGAUAAGAAGGAGAAAAUUAGAGAGAAGUUUGUCUCCAUUUUAAAAGAAGAGUUUGCUGGGAAAGGACUUUCUUUCUCCAUUGGUGGGCAGAUCAGCUUUGAUGUGUUUCCAGAAGGCUGGGAUAAGCGCUACUGUCUGGGAAUUGUAGAGAAAGACUUAUACCAGUGCAUCCAUUUCUUUGGAGACAAAACUAUGCCUGGUGGAAAUGAUUAUGAAAUCUUUGUAGACCCCAGAACAAUUGGUCACGAAGUCAGGUCACCUGAGGACACACAGAGGAUCUGCAAGGAGCUCUUCUUCAAUGCCGUCCAGAAUAAAGUACAGUAG